ACGAGUAGCAAGGUUCCUUAACCGUUGGAUCUAACUUCAAACCCUCCGGGACCAACGGGAACGCUGUCUGGUCAAACAGGGGCCAUAUAUCGGUCGUAGCUCGUAAGCUCGCAUCUGGCGCCAUUUUGCGUUGUUGUGCAUCCUUUCCAGUUUUCAGCAUUUGAUCAUCGUCGCGGGUGUAAGGAGUAAUCAUGGCGCGUACUAAGCAGACGGCUCGUAAGUCCACCGGAGGCAAGGCGCCUCGUAAGCAGCUUGCCACUAAGGCUGCGCGUAAAUCAGCUCCUACCACCGGAGGAGUGAAGAAGCCCCAUCGUUACAGACCAGGAACAGUCGCGUUGCGAGAAAUUCGCAAGUAUCAGAAGAGUACCGAGCUCCUCAUCCGCAAGCUGCCUUUCCAGCGACUUGUGCGUGAAAUUGCUCAAGAUUUCAAGACGGAUCUGCGUUUCCAGAGUCACGCAGUUCUUGCACUUCAGGAGGCUGCCGAGGCUUAUCUUGUCGGUCUUUUUGAGGACACCAAUCUUUGCGCUAUUCACGCUAAGCGUGUCACCAUCAUGCCCAAGGAUAUCCAGCUUGCUCGUCGUAUUCGCGGUGAGCGUGCAUAGGCUGCGCCGGGUGGAUUUGCUCAUGGCAGUGAAGAUCUUGGAAUUUUGUAUCCACUGUUCAAGAUACUUUUCAUUUAGAGAGGCUGAUCUCAAGCCGGUGGGUGAUCUCCUUUUGAAUGUUAAUUCAAUAAACUUCAUUGGCCUACAUGGCCAUGUAAGGAGGUCCGAACAACUCUUCAUGGCUGCCUGGGCUUGACGUGUGAAAGUUUCAUCAGAUAGAGAGUUCUUCUGAUUGAAUUCAAUACUGCUGGCUAUCUUGACUGGCCCUCACGUCACUAUUUCUUUUUGAGUAAAUAUGCUUUUUUAAUAUCUGUUGUUUUGAUGGAUUAGGCAGGUAGAUGCAAAUUCUUUUGUAAGCUGGCUACCAUAUGUCUACUCUUCCAAGGUCC